AACAUGGCUGAAGAGUGUGAUGAUGAUGUGCCAGGUCUCAAAGAGAGAUUUGUGUACACAAAAAUUGCAGCACGCGAUACGGUCGAGAUGCGAAAUGUAGACUCCACCCUCAGAAUGGCCGUACAUGUUAUUGGUGUGGGAUUAUGUAUGUGCUUGUGUAUGUGUGUUUAUAUGUUUGUGUGGCUGGGUCUUUAGAUAGUGCAAAGGACCAUCAUGAACCAAUCUACGUACACUGCAAGGCUGGCAAAUCAAGAUCUGCGGCGGCUAUUUUGGCAUACCUGGUGUUGUCUGAACAAUGGACACUCAAACGGGCUUACCGGCAUCUUAUCAAAUCUCGUCCAACCGUGUCACCAAAUAUUGGAUUCGUAGCCGAACUGAUGAAACUUGAAGAAAGUGUACAUGGUCAAGUCAGUAACUUUGCCGGUACGGACUGGCAUCUCAUCGACACCACACAUCCACCAAGUCCAGAUUCUCAACGAGAAAUUGGCAAGCUCCAAAAAGCCUGGAGAGAGCAAUCUAAUCGAUCAAAGUAAAAAGUAAAAAAAAAAAGCAUAAAAAAAAGUAAAUGCAAAAUGCAGUAAAUUUCUUUCUUUCUUUUUUAUUUAACUAUUUUUUUUUAAUUAUCAUUAUCAUUAUUAAAAAGAAAGAAGGCAAGAAAGAGAGUCUUGAU